AUGGUGGUUUUAGUUUUCUGGCUGCUGGAACUGAUUUCUUACAAUGUACAUCUGGCUCACAUAGCGAAAUGCAGGCUCCAAGGUCCACACCAUCCACUUCACUCGUAUUAUCAGCCAGGAGAGUUCCUCAUUGGUGGCAUUGUUUACCAUGGUGGCUUCAUCUCCUCUCCAGCAACAUUCGCUGAGGAACCCCCACCAGCGCUGACUGAAGAGCUUGUGGUGUUGCCUAAGCUUUACCAGCACAUCGUGGCCUUGGCAUUUGCAGUCAAGCAGAUCAAUGAAGACCCUCGCAUCCUACCCAAUAUCACCUUGGGCUUUCACUUAUAUGACAGCUAUAACAAUGCAAGGAACACAUAUCUUGCCACACUGCUGCUUUUAUCCAUUGUGGAGAAAUUUGUCCCUAACUAUAUAUGUGAUGUUGAAAAUAAUCUGGCUGGGGUCGUUGGGGGACUUGAUUCUGAAAUCUCCUUUUAUGUGGCCACUGUUUUGGAUAUCUAUAAGAUUCCACAGCUCAUUUAUGGCUCUGCUCCGGUGAUGAAUGAUAAAAGCCCAGGGCUUCCCUUCUACCAGAUGGCAGCCUCAGAAGCCCUUCAAAACCCACCAGGAUUUCAUCAGUAUAUUGUGCACAGAAACCCUUCCAGCACAGAUGGGGACGGUUUUAUCAAGGACUUCUGGCAACAGGUCUUUGGAUGUGUAUUCCCAGAUAUCACUUCAGACAAGGUGGAGGGGAAUAUUUGCACCGGAGAAGAGAAGCUGGAGAACCUUCCUGGAUCACUUUUUGAAAUGAGCAUGACAGGCCACAGUUACAACAUCCACAGUGCUGUCUACGCCAUGGCCCAUGCUUUACAUGCCAUGUCCACAUCCAGUCUCAGACAGAGAGGAAUGGUGUAUGGAGGGAGAGAGAAUAAUCAGAAUCCACAGUUUUGGCAGCUCCAUCACUUUCUGAGAAGUGUCUCAUUUAACAAUACUGCAGGAGAUGUGGUCUUCAUCAAUCAGAAUGCAGAGGCAGCAUCUAGCUUGGAUAUUGUCAAUUGGAUUAUAUUCUCCAACCAAAGUUUGCACAGAGUGAGAGUUGGAAGGAUAGAUCCACAAACUCCUUCGGACCAAAAAUUAACCCUUGAUGGAGAUGCCAUAACAUGGCAUAGGUGGUUUAAUCAGACUCAGCCUCUUUCUGUCUGUACUGAGAGAUGUCGUCCAGGAUCCAGCAAGAAAGUGAAGGAGGGACAGCCACCUUGCUGCUACGAUUGCAUCCCAUGUGCAGAGGGGAAGAUUGCAAACCAGCAUGAUAUGAAUGACUGUCAUAAAUGCCCUGACAAAGACUAUCCAAGCAAGAACCGUGAUGCCUGUCUACCCAAGGACAUAAGCUUCUUGUCUUAUGAAGAACCUUUGGGCAUCAGUUUAGCCUGCUUCUCUCUUUCCCUUUCCUUGAUCACAGCUCUGGUACUAGGUAUAUUUAUGAAGCACCACGAUACACCCAUUGUCAUUGCAAACAACCAAAACGUCACCUACACUCUCCUCAUCUCUCUCCUGCUCUGCUUCCUUUGUGCAUUGCUCUUCAUUGGCCGACCUGAAAAGGUCACAUGUCUCCUCCGGCAACCAGCUUUUGGCAUCAUCUUCUCAACUGCUGUUUCAUGCGUCCUGGCAAAAACCUUCACUGUGGUUUUGGCCUUCAUGGCUACAAAACCAGAAUCCAGGAUGAGGAAAUGGGUGGGUAAAGGACUAGGCCACUCCAUUCUCCUUUCCUGCUCCUUAGUCCAAGCAGGGAUAUGUACUGUGUGGCUGGCAACCUCACCCCCAUACCCUGAUUUAGACAUGCACUCAGUGAUGGAAGAAAUCAUACUAGAAUGUAAUGAGGGGUCUGUGGCCAUGUUUUACUGUGUCCUCAUCUACAUGAGUUGCCUGGCAACAGUCAGUUUUGCUGUGGCUUUCCUUGCCAGGAAGUUACCGGACAGUUUCAAUGAAGCCAAGUUUAUCACUUUCAGCAUGUUGGUCUUCUGCAGUGUUUGGCUGUCCUUUAUUCCUUCCUACCUGAGCACCAAGGGAAAAUACAUGGUAGCUGUGGAGAUCUUCUCCAUCUUAGCCUCCGGUGGUGGGUUGCUUGGUUGCAUCUUUCCCCCCAAAUGUUAUAUAAUCAUUCUGAGGCCUGAGCUGAACAAUAGAGAACAGCUAAUAAGGAAGACAAUUUAA